CCUAUUGGCAGGGUCAUGAAUAAUGAAGUGACCGUGGAAACCGCUUCUAUCCAGCCGUGUGCUCCGGGUGUACUCUACAACGUGAGCAUUGCAAUGUCUUCACCGCAGCCUUCUGAGGCCUCCACCUCUCCGGCUCCGCCGGUGUCCGUGCUGGGCGACUCCUUCCCGCUGGUGCUGAAGAAGCUUAUUGAGAAUCCUCCAAGGAACUUUCUGGAUGCAGGAGACGUCGGCAAAGAGAAGACUAAAUUGGACCAAGAUGACAACCUCGAUGGGAACUUGCUGGCUGUAUCGGCAGCGCUCAUGCCCCCUAUCUGGGAUAAGACCAUUCCAUAUGACGGGGAAUCUUUUCAUUUGGAGUAUAUGGACCUUGAUGAAUUUCUUUUGGAGAAUGGCAUCCCGUCCAGCCCCGCACAUCUGGCUCAGGCAAUUAAGAAUCCUCUGAUGCCAGUGUCUGAGCUGGAGGAGGAAGAGGAGUCUGCAUCUACUUCUGGAUCUCCUGUGUCCCCAUCUGUUCUGCUACAGAAAACUGAAGAUCUAGAAGCCUCCAUAACGUUAAAAGAAGAGUCUGAUCCGCCAAGUCCCAUCGAUCCGGAAAAAGUAGAAGUGGAAGUAAACUUCAAUCCAGACCCUGUUGAUCUGGUGCUCUCCAGCGUGCCAGGAGGGGAGCUCUUUAAUCCAAGGAAGCACAAAUUUGCAGAUGAAGAGUUGAAGCCACAACCCAUAAUUAAGAAAGCCAAGAAAGUUUAUGUCCCAGAAGAUUUGAAGGAUGAAAAAUACUGGAGCAGACGUAAGAAGAAUAAUGUGGCAGCUAAGCGAUCUCGAGAUGCCCGGCGUCUUAAAGAGAACCAGAUUACUGUUCGAGCAGCUUUCCUAGAAAAGGAGAACACUGCUCUGCGUACAGAAGUGGCCGAGCUGCGAAAGGAACUGGGCAAAUGCAGGACCGUAAUUUCCAAAUAUGAGAAUCAACAUGGACCGUUGUAAGCAUCCUCCGAAUGAACAUUAACCUGUUUCCUUCCUAGUCCAUACCAAGGCCAGUGUAAAGCUGGUUGUCACUUUCCCGUCUUUCUGCUAAAUAGAACAGUGUAACUGGUGAGGAUCCGGUAGUACAUUUAGAGACUGAUGUUUCUUCUAUAACAUUAUAGAAGAUGAAGAUUUUAUAUACAUAAAUAUAUCGAUCAUAGAAGCGAUUAAAUAUCAUACAGAACAACCUUACUGGUAGUGUUGGUGGUUGUAAAACUUUGGGACCGUAGACCAGUGCUGUGUAAUGUGCGGUGCUGGUAAAUAGAUUACAUCUUUUGGAGGUUCCUCAUGAACCUGUGGCACCUAAUAAUUUUGUAUCCUAUCAGUCUUUUGGGAUUUGUGGGCAAACUCUUUUCUAAGAAACCACAAAUAGCAAGAGUAUGCCAACAUUCGCCUGCAGAAGCUCCUUAAAGGGAGUGUCGUAGUAAACUAUGGAUGUGAAAGAAUUUGGAGAGGAGUGGAAAGCCCUUGGACAAUGGAGGUCAUGUAGUGCUGUAGUCGUAAUUGUGAGUGGUCACAGCGGGCGGCACAUGCGUUUAGAUUGGACUCCAGUGGUUGUAGUAAACACCUAGGCUGAUUUAGUUUGUAUCGGUGCAGCAACCAAACUCCUUUCUGGGGGUGAAUCAACCUUAUGUACAUGGAUGAGACAGAUUUUUGGCCGCAUAAAUUUCUGUAGCAAAUCUACCACGUGUGACUUUACCCUAAUACUGAGGCUCAGAACUAACAGACACUGAAGUACUGAGUUAAAAACGUCUCUGGGGGUCAUUUACAAACAGUCAUACGCCACUUUUGUGGCAUAUGUCUGGCGCAGAUUCUGUUGCACGCCAUGAUGCGGCAGAAUCUGCGACUUCUUCCCCGCUCACACAGGUCUAAAAAAAAAAUUGGUGGGGCGGGGAAGGGGGCCGGCCAGCAGGCUGGUUUAGGCAUAGAAAAUGGUUUAAAUGUAAGACCGCAAGGAAGCUGGCUUACAUUUAGAAUCGGCACUAGAUACGCCAAAGUUAUAUAGAGGCUGGUGCCUCUACUUAACUUCGGCGAUCCACUGCCAGCUAUAGGGAAUAAGAUCGGUG